AUGAUCAAGAGUCCAGUGUUGCCAGGUCCUACCAAAUAUAUUGAACAACCGAUCAAUGUGGACAAUGAUCAGACACCAAUCCCCGGCACCGUUAGAGAGCUACACGACUUCAUUCAGACCGAGGACAAUAGGAGGAUACCUUUGGAGGAUAGAGUUGUCGAGGAUGGAGAGUGCCAGGUAUCAUGUCUAUUCACAGAUGGACAUGAGACAGAACUGACCAGCGCAGAUAUGGUGUUGUUCGAUCCUUCAAUGAUGGGAGAGGGAAACAAGUGGAAGCAUGUACCAUUGUCCAUCCCACAAAGGUACAAGCACCAGCGAUUUGGACUACUCAACUAUCAUUCAUCAUCUCAAUAUGGCAUUAUUGGAAAUGACAAGUUUAGAGAUAUACUACAAGAUGAGUUCAAUCAAACAUUAGAGUCACCUGUUCAAAUGACCUUGGCAUGUCCACCCAGUCAUGAUAUGUCAAUCAACUCAACAAUUCAACUCCUAAUGCAAGAGUCCGACCUGAUCACUCGUCCCAACAACUAUGUAUUCCUCUCAUCCAAUUGCAAGAAUGCCAAUGCACAUUCCAGGACGGAAUUGAUGGAACACAUUAGAAUUGAUUCGGCUGGUGAUUGCCUGAACAAUGUUGCCAAGUCCAAGGUGGAGUUUGGAGAUAGGGAUGUGUUCCAGAGAGUCAAGGACAACAUUGAGGUGAUGAAGAAGUACAAGUUUGUAUUCACCUUUGAGAAUGAGAACUCAACCGACUUUGUAUCGGAGAAGGUAUACAGUGCUCUCUAUUCCGGAUCAAUUCCAGUCUAUAUGGGUGCAUCAAACAUUGAUGAUUGGGUACCAACAGGCUCAAUCAUCAAGGCUUCCAGCUUUGGUUCUCCUUCUCAGUUGGCAAUCUACCUGGUCGACCUUCUCAUCAAUCCAUUGAAGAUGCGAACAUUCUUUGAAUGGAAAUCAAAGCCAAUUGAACAAAAGGUAAUUGACAAGUUAUCAAAGUGUGUUGGUGGAUUCAAGACCAAGUGCGAGUUAUGCAAGUAUGCCUACUCUCAGUUAUCUCAAGAGGCACAUGACAACAAGUUGAAUCGAUUCAAGAACAAACUGGUGCAUCAACCUUAUGAAUUGUCAAUGCAAGGUCAGGGUGAUCAUAUCCUAGUCAGCCAGGCAAAGAUGUUCGAUUUAACUUAUCAUUAUACCCUCAUGGCAUGGGUCAAACCAUUAACAUUUGGAGACCAAAGACUAAUUGACAAGGGUACCAAUGGUGCCUUGGAUGGUAUCGACUUUGAUUUACAAAGGACGUCUAAAGUUCGUGGAGAGUUGAGAUUGUGCGCAGGUGGAAUGUGCUUCCAUUCAACAAAGUCAAUUCCAGCCAAUGUUUGGACUCAUGUGGCAGUUGUUUAUGAUGUUGGAAACAAGGAGUUAUUGGAUAACAAGGUGGUCUUUUACAUUAAUGGUGAGCCCGAUGGAUAUACCAAUCACUUUGAGCCAACAGUAAUUAACAGAUGGCCAUUGGUAAUUGGUUCGUCAUUCUCAUUUGGUCAGAGAACAUCGGGUACAUAUCAUGGAAGAAUGGAUAAUAUUGCAAUAUUCAAUAGGUCUUUAAGUGAUGAGGAGGUCAAACAUCUUGUGUGGAAUGAUCCCCAAAUGGACACUGACAAGAGUUUGUUACUAUACUACGAUAUGGACGACUAUGGAGAUGGACACUUCGAUGGUAACAUAAUAUUUGAUCGAUCAAUGCAUAACAACAAUGGAGCGAGGGUUGCCUCUGCAAGCAAGUUGGGAGAGUCCACCUUCGUCAAGUCCUAUUCCAAAGAGAUAGGCUUCAAUAAAUGUUUCUGA